AUAUGCGUAAAGGAAGACCAUCUUUCUGAGAUCGCAGUACUGUAAAAAAAAAAAUGAAGUUCGUGACGUGAUUGUCAGUGAUCGGCGACUAACAGUUCUAUUUCCAUACAUAAAGUCGUUUUUACGCAGACAGAGGUAACAUGUUCAUCGCAUAUGUGGGUUUGAUAUUACUUUGUGGAUGCCAUGGUUACCCAUCUGGAGCACCUGAAUCUGCGUGUGACAACAUGACACCCAUACAUGGAGCCCCUCCUCAAACUACGUCAUCACCUUACGUCAUUACAAUGUCAUCUUCCCAUUUGACUACGGAAAAUAAUUUAACAAUCACUAUUUCGUCGAAGGAUGGUCAGACGACCUUCAAAGGUUUUCUGUUGGAGGUUUUUACAAACUUAUCAAGUCCAAUACGAUUCACAGGAGGCGAGUUUAAAGUACCCGAUAAUGCUAAAAGGCGUUGUAUUGGAGGUGCAACUCAUACAGAUCAUAACCCAAAGUUGCUCUGUAUUCUUUCUUGGAAUCCAACAAAUCGUUUUAAAGGAAUAGUAAAGUUCAGGGCUACAGUUGUUCAGUCCCUUAAAAUCAUUUGGAAAAAUAUUGAGUCUGAGUCUGUGAGGGUUGAUUAUCUUCCUCCAUCUACAGUUCCUACCACUGACAUCACUACCAUGCCGAUCUCUUCAAGCACACAAAUGGAAGAAACUACCACGCCGGUUCCAUUCUCUAGCACAAAAGGGAUGCCUUUCGACUAUCCCCACUGUAGGAAAGGUUUUGGUUGCUUUAAACCAUGUCUCGGCAAGAAAUGUGACGCCGUUGUCCAAUGGAGAAGACAAGGAAAAUUUGUUGAUUUCAGUAUUAUAUCUCGCCUAAAAAAUCAAAUAGACAGAUGGAUUGCAAUUGGAAUUUCUCCAACAGGCAAAAUGUCGAAAACGAGCGUUGUGAUGUGUAUUCUCUAUAAUAAUGAAGUACGUGUUUUGGAGGGCAUUAACGAAGGGUACAGUUUCUCUGUAUUACCAAACACCUCCCUUGGCUUGAUCAACAUAACGACUUCCGUUAUCGGUCAGAUUUUGAAGUGCUCUUUUUCACGCAAAAUUAAUGUCACCGGGGAUUUUGGCAAUGUAUACAGUUUAAUGAAAAAAUAUUACAUAAUACUCGGAAACGGACCAGUCACCGUGGGAACCCCCAAGAGACACGAGAAGAUUCCUGUUGUCAGUGCAGAAAAAGUCGAUUUUUUGUUGAACCAGACGGUUGGGUUUGGAGAACAGUCCAUGCUUCUCUAUAAAUUACAUGGAAGUUUAAUGAUAUUUGCAUGGAUAUUUCUGUCCAGUAUUGGUAUAAUAACUGCCCGUUAUUACAAGUCGGAGUCGGGGGAUAUGAUGCUUGGCGGAGUCAAAGUCUGGUUUGCUAUACACAGAACAGUAAUGUCACUCGUAUUUAUCAUUACUACUGCCGCAUUUGUAAUAAUCUUCAUACAAGUCGGUACCCUUCUUCAGGAGACAGAUUGCAGUAGUUAUCUGAGGUACCAUCCAGGGCUUGGAAUCGCAGUCAUGGCACUCACUGUUGUUAAUCCAACGAUAGCCCUCUUUCGCUGCAAUCUUGGUCACAAAUACCGACACGUCUUUUAUUAUUUUCAUAUGUUUAUUGGAACUUCUGCACAAAUCCUAGCAGCAAUAACGAUCUAUUUUGGAGUCAAUCUGGAAAAGUCAAACACACCUGUGGGGACAUCAAAUGUCGUCAUAGCUUACAUUGUAACAUACAUCAUCAUUGAAGUUAUAUUAGAAAGUGAAAAAUACUUCAGUGACAUGAAAGAUGAACCUGAGAGACAACAUCUUCUUCAAUCGUCAGGAAAAGAAAAUCAUUCAGCUAAACAGCGAUCUCAAGCUAACGGUUUCAAAUUAUCAAUCCUGAUGAUUCAUUUCCUAUGUAUGUCAAUGUACUGUUUGAUAUUGAUUUAUCUAGUGAUAACGGCACCACUAAAGCAAAAUGUGAAAUAAAAGAGAGAGAAAAAUAUAAA